ACUGCGUCUCCUCCCAUCAAGCGACUCCACUCGGGCGUGGAUCUCACAUCUCGCGAGAUCGGCGAGGAAGAGGGAAGACGAAGCAGCGCAAAACCCUACUGCUGCCGUCCUGCCGCUGCGUGUCCCCCACAUCUGCGAUCCGGUCCGGGCGAGAUGGCGAGCACGGGGCGGUCGAUGCUGCUGUCGCUGCUGCUCUUCGCGGUGACGCUGUCGCUGCUCGAGAUGUACAGGGCCAAGUUCGCCUCGUCGGAGCUCAUGACCAUCGCCGGUGGAUUCGUCUGCGCCCUCCUCUUCCUGCUACUCCUCACUUUUAUUGGGAACUACCAAGAAGCUAGUGGAGAUAGAACUGGGUGGGGUGCAGUUGUUGUAGCGCAGCUUGUUGCUCUUAUUGUAGCUGGCACUGUCCACCGCGUCUGUAUCACAACAUGCUUCCUGUUUUCCGCCGGGCUCCUUUACGAGGUCGACAAGCUCUCCGGCAUGACCCUCGCGAGGAGUGAGUCUAAAGUGAGGCGGCACUGAGCCACAGGGUACAAAGAUCAGAAGAUAUCGAUAUUCAUGUACCCAUUCAGCUGAGAAUCCUGGAUACUGGUGCGCUCGCGCCGAGGUCACAUUCUGAUGUUUGUCUGAUCCGUUGACUAGGUAAUAUGUACUGUCACACCUUUUUGCCUCCGAGCUCGCCGUGCAUUGCAUUUGAUCGCA